AGUAUUUAAGUAUUGCUUGAAGGGAUAACAGUCCACAAAAAACUGUAUCACUUUUGGUUGGGUUUCUUUCAUGUUCUUCGCAGUGCCUCAUAAAUACUCAUUGCUUUUGCAUAUGCCAUUUUCCAGCUAAAGAGGUUGUGGUAGAGCUUGCCAGAACUACACUUUAAACUGAUGGAUUUGAUAAUAAACUUUCAAAGUGAAUUGUUCCCAUAAGUUUAAAGAAUUUGCAGGCACUUUCUUGCAGGCGUUUUCUAAGUCAAACUGCCUCUGAGCCUUUGACCUCAGGGGACCCAAUUUCAAAGGUUUAAAUAGCUUGGAACUUUUUUUUUUUUUCCUCCAGGAACACAAAGUAUUUGUUUUAACAUGCCUUCUUUUUAAAACCCCCUUAAAAUGGCUAGUUUCUGGCAGUUGGGAUAAAACCUUCCUCUAAAACUACAAACGGCAACACCAGGAAGCAGUACAGAAGUGGCAGGCCUUUGUCUUGUCUUGCUUGGGAUGUAAGUGUUGUAAGACAGCAGGGAAACUUCAGCAUGUAGAUCAGCUGGUAAGUGAAGCAAGAACUGACUUAUCUUUUGCUUUUCAAGUACCAACAAGAUAUUUAUUUAACAGUUGGUGAUCUCAUGCCAGGUAUGAUGUUUCAGCUUGUCUUUUUAAAUUUAUCUUUGACUUCCUUUUCCUGAUGUUUAGUGAUUUCUCUUGCAAAGUUAAUAGCCUUUUAUUCUUAGUCUUUGUGAAAGAGUAAGAGUUCUGUAUUGAGGGGUGAGAGCUUUCACUGGUGGGGGUUUUUUUUUCCAGCAGUAAUUGAGGCUCAGCAUUAUUCUGAUUUCAGCAUCUGUUACUGAAUUUCAGCACAGCAUGCAGUGAAACUUCUCUGUUGGAAAAAUGAACUCUAUAUGCUUUAGAAUGAAUCCUUUCCUUUCCUUUUACUUUAUUCGGACCUAUUUAGUAAUGGGAAAAUAGGUUCUUGUGCAAUGAAUUUAGCUUCAUUUAGCAAAUUCUUAAAUGGUUAAAUGGCACUUGAAAGUUUUGCUCUCACAGGUUAUAAUCACAUGGGAGACUAUGCAUAUCUUUCAUAUCUUUUAGUUUUGUAAUUUAAAACAAUUGUUUGUAAUGGCUUUGGGAUAUUUUGAGUCAGAAGAUACAAUGUAAAAGUGUUUUUAUUACCUAUUUUGUUUUCUCAAUUUAAACAAGUAUUGUGCCACUUGAGAUGCAAAACUGAAGCACUGAAAUGUGAGUGGUGACAGGGAAAAUCUGUAACCAGAGUAAGAUUAAAGUCUAAAGGACUGAGCCUUGCAGGAGUCAGUGUUGGUCUUCAGACAGCCAUAAGUACUCCCAGUUUUUGGGAGCGUUGGAAGCUCUGUGACAACUUCCUUGUUUACUAACUGUCAUUGUAUCCUGAGACACUUGUCACACACACACUUGUGUGGUCGUGUUAGCUUCGUUGUUAAAACGACACGCAAUAUAGCUAAAGUAAGUUAAAGCACCACAAAUAUAUUGAGCGUAGAUAUUAAUCACAGCACUGCAAUCCUGUUCUUAAUAUUCUCUGAUAGUUUUGCCUUGUUUCCUUUCUGUAAUGUAGCUGUUAAGUACACAGUCACACAGCAGAAUAAGAAUGCUUAGUAGCUUUGUCCUGUAGAGAUAAUAACCUAGGCAGAAAAUAUGCACUAUUGCCCUUGCUCUGUUUUAAGGUAAACCCAAAGUAUUUUAUGCAUUUGGUACUUAUCCUCAGAAACCCCCUUAGACCUGUUGUGCAGAGCAUCCCUGAGGGAUGGUACCUAUACCCCUACUUUUCAGGGACUUCUUUGUGUUCUAUGACCUCACAAGCCUAUCAAUGUGCAGCAAAAUGCUUCCACAUCCCAUGCAAAGAAACCAUUUUGAGUUCAGUUGUCAUUUAAAUUCCCUGAAAUUAUUUGAGAUUUCAUCCAAGGGGACAAGUGUGGCCAGUUUAAUGUCCUGAUACUUUAUCCCUGGAUUUUCUGUUCCUCUGCUAACCCUGUCCUGCUGUGAGGAUGGUGAUGUGUAAGUCAAUUCUUAGUGGUACAAUGAGCACUGCUUUGCCUUGGAGAAUAAUUGAACUGUCUGUUCUCUCAGGGUAGCACUGGAUGUGUUGCAUCACAGGAGAAAAGACACAGUGCAAAAGCAUGGUUUAGUCAGGAGCUUUCAGCAGAAAUCUGGCAGAGAUUCAUCUCACAGAAGCCACAGCCCCCUUGGCUGGGUGGCCCCAGGUACAGUCAGUUCCAGCUCUGCUGCCAGGAGCUCAGCAUGGGGAGGUGGGAGGUACAGGGCCAUACCAGCCUGUCCCAGUUUGUUGUCCUCAUACAUCCUAUUGAAAACUCUCCAUCUCAGGAUAAGACGCCUCUGCUGCCUGCUGUAGGAGUCUCUCACCCUCUUGAGUUCCCACAGCAGGACCUUUCCCCUCCCCUCUGAAGGCUGGCUUGGCACCUGAAGCUGCAGGGCAGUCCCUGCCCUCCUCUCAGGGGUCCUGGCUGCCACCGCCAGCUCCUUACACUGUGGAGUGUGGGGAAGGAGACGUGGCAGAAGCAGGUAAAGUGCUUGGCUGUCCCCACUGAUGCUACAAGAACUCAGCAACUCUCUUCUCUGCCCUCCCCUUUCUUCCCUCCUUCCUUCUGCAGCCUGAACCCCUUGAGUGUUCCCAUGUUGGGGCUUUUUUGUGGAGAUACUGAGAGCUUGGCUGCGAGGGGGAGAAAAGGCACUCGUUCAUGAGGUUAUCAGCAAGACUUCUGAUUAUGAGGUUAGUUUUCUGGUUAUCAGGCUUCAGAUAAGGUACUGGCUGCAUCGAAGAGGUGGGUGAUAAAGUGUCUAGGAUUUCUUGACAUGUAAGAGCGUGUGUUUUGGGAGCGAGAGCAGGGGCAAUCUGCAAGCUCCUCAUAACCUGAGAGCCCAGCAAGAGAUGUCUCGGAGAUCUGCUCAUAGUGCGUGCUGCCACACUGCAAAGAAAACUCUGCAGAGGGAUGCUGGGUGGAAGCUGCAGAGCUACAGGCUGAUUCAGGGUUGCCUAAAAGCUCCAGGGAACUUCUGCAAAUGGACUGGUUUCAGCGACAAAGGAAAUACUUAAUCUCACAGAUUCUUAUCAAGCAGGGCUGUUUCUCUGCAAAUCCUUUAUGCACCUGCUAGUUGUCCAUGGCAAUUAGUCAGGAUAGAAGAGAACUUCUCUUAGCAUUUAAUCUCCUUAUAUAUUAAUUUGGUAUGCCUUAAUUAAAAUACUCUCUGUGAUCAAAGUGAAUGAAUUGGAAUAAAAAGUCAGGAUUGACAUUGACAGCAUGAUUUAAACUGUGCAGAGUAAUCAAACCUUACUGCAAAAUUAAUAGGGCAAUAGCAGAAACAAACACAAGAAAGUUCAUUGUCUGAGAAACCAGAUACAUCUGAAUGAGAGAGAUGUAGUACAGCACUCCCAGAGGAGUAGUUGAAAAGGUCUUCAGUGUGUGCAAAGAAAGGAUGGGGCCUGGCUUCCUGAAGCACAGCGUUUCGGUGUGUUGUCAUCCAUCACUUUGAGUCACUCCUGUUACAAGGCUGGAGUUAUGUAUUUGCAUUAGGCUGAGAUAUUGCUAGAGGCUGUUGACAGGUGUUCUUGUAAAACAGUACCUAGCAGAUAGGUGAGACUAAACAGUCUGCAAAAAGUGUUUCUAAUUAUCAAAUGUUCAAAUCUGUAAUUCAAUCCAGGGAAAGUAAAACAACGGUGGGGGGGAAGGGGAGUGUUGAAGCACAGAUCCAAAUUCAGCAACAAAAAGAAAUGGGGAAAGUAAGCACGGUGCAGUUAAGCCCUUGAAAUGAAGGAAAGGGAGAGCUCCUCCCCCCUGCCUGGGGCACCCCGCACUGAUGCUGAAGGCCAGGCCCAGUGCAGGGCAGAGCAGAGCUGCAGUGGUCGUGCAGACAACUCCAUGAGCUAAAGAAGGCUGAAAGACUGGUUGGAGUUUCAUUUUUCAGUCUCUCUAUUUCUUUUCUAUUUUACCCGAGCUUAAAAGUUCAGUUUUUUGUUUGUUUGUUAUUGCUAAAUGGUAUUUAAAUCAUAUUUAGUUGGAAUGUGGCUUACCAAAGUGCAGCAAGGAAGGAAAAAGUAUUUACUGAAAAGAGGGGAAAGCAAUCCCUGGCUGCACACACACACCUGGUGGACUUGUAUUUGCAUAAAGUGUGUCUCUAGCCUGGAAAAAGAUCUAAAUUGAAAGCUUGGGAGCAAGCACUUGCAGAUUAUUCUGAUCUCAGCCUGCACUUGGUAGCUUAGACUGGCUCUGACUUACAGCAAUGGAACUUUGGGGCGAAUGCUGCCUUUUGACUGCUCUUUUUAUUUUCUUUUUCAAUCCAAAUAUCUUCUGAAUCUAAUAAACACUAGAAGAAAUGCUCAGACUUCUGAAGAUGUGUUUCUUAUUGAUAUUAAUGAAUCCUGCUGAGAUUACUCACAGUCAGAAUUCUGAAGAUUUGCCUCCACUAUUACACAAAGCUGCGGAGGAAGUAGUGACUGGGAAAUACCUAAAUGCUCUCCUCGAUGUACUUCAUUUUCAGAGUUCUAAUGUAUGGACAGCAGAUAUGGUUACAAAAGUCAUGGCAUAUUUCCAUGCCCGAGAGGUUAAGUUUACUCUUCGCAGCCUACAGACGUCCAUACAGAGUUACUUGAAGAACCUUUUAUACCAGCCCAGGCAGCUGCUGUCUGCAUUUCAACAACUUGAUCAACAGCAGUUCCAGACUGCAAUGAAGUAUCUUUUCAACAGCAGAAAGGACUAUCUUGAAAUUGGAAAUGUUAUCCUUGAUUGGGAAAAGACUCGGGAGAGAAUUUUCCAAAUUCCAGGAGUGAACAGAACCUUGUUUCUUAUAACACUGGAGAAAUGCUUUCUGGCUCUGCGGGCUAUGGACUGUGUAGAUAUCCUAAGCCAGAUAUUGCGAAUGUCAGCGGUGAAUUAUCUCCAACCUGAUGUCGCUGGGAGUCUCCCAAAUGAUUUGCAGGAAGAUGCUUUCAGAAACUUAUCAACUGUAUUUAAGGACCUCUAUGACAAAACCUCAGCAAAUACACAGAAAGCUCUGUAUGGCUGGAUGAAGGAGAUUCUACAAAAACCCUAUAACAGAAGUGAUUUCAAUGAAUCAGCUUCAUGGGUCAGUGCAGAAAACUUAUGGAUUUUAGGAAGAUACAUGGUCCAUCUGCCUUUGGAAGAAAUUCUGAAAAUUAGUCUCAGUGAAAUAAGACUAUUCAUUAGCUACGACAAUGCAACAAAGCAGUUGGACACAGUGUAUGAUAUCACACCAGAGCUUGCACAAGCCUUCCUGGACAGAAUAAACUCAUCGGGAUUUGAUGUGAGAAACACUUCAACUGUCUACAGGCUAGGUUUGUUGGUUUGCUUUUAUGAUGACAUGGAACAGAUGGAUGCCGCUGUGGCCCGGGCUUUACUUCAUCAGAUGAUUAAAUGCAAUCAAUUAAAAGGUUUCCAGGCCAAGGUUCAGAAGCUUAAAUCUCAGCUCCUGAAUAUUGCCAUGCAGAACCAGACAUUGAACGAUACCCUUGGAUCGCUGUCAGAUGCUGUGGUUGGGCUGACUUCAGGCCAGCUGGAAUCUUUGUCACCUGAAGCAGUGCAUAAUGCUAUUGCAACACUAAACCAAGUCUCUGGGUGGGCAAGAAGUCAAGUUAUGAUUUUAUCCAGUAAAUACCUCUCUUACGGAAAGGUUUUAUCAUUUUAUAAUGUUAGCCAAAUGGGUGCACUGGUGACUGGCAUUAGCACUGAGUCAUUCUACAGAAUGAACCCGAAAGAGCUUUCUCAGGUCAUUCGAGGCACAACAUCCCAGUACUCAUCAGACUUAUCUCCUGCACAACAGCAGGGGAUCCUCAGGAAGAUAGCUUCAUCUACAGAUUUUUCUUCGCUGGUCACAGAUAUACAAGGAGCUUUCUUUAGAGAAAUAUCUCUUUCUGAUUUAUGGAAGGAGAAUGGAUAUAAUUCUUCAAUGAUGAAAGAAAAAGAGCUAAGAAGCAGCCAGGCCUUGUAUCUGUAUGAGUUACUGUCUAAGAAAAGUUCUUCUGUUGACCUCCUAAGUACAGGACAGCUUCUGAAAGGAGUGACUUGUCAGCUGAUUGAAAGUAUGGGCACAGACUUUUUUUUAAACCAUUUUGAAGUCUUCGAAAAUAAUCUUCAUCUGCUUUCCCCAUAUCAGGUUAAUUGUUUGGCUUGGAAGUUUUGGAAAGUCUCCAACGCGUCUAUUCCUCCCUUCUUCUUCUUGGUGCUUCCGAUUGAGUACCUGGAGUACAUUUCAGGCCCUCUGUGUGUCCCAUUCAUUGAAAGCCUUGGGAAGACUGAGAUGGAUCUCUUGAGUCCAAGCUUUCACAAAAAAGAAGCUGUGCUGCAGAAAGUGCAGGAAUGCUUGAAUGGCUCCAUUGCUGAUGAAUAUGAUGUUGACCUACUUGGAAAUCUAAUCUGCCACUUACCUCCAGCUUUCCUGCAUGGCAGAAUGUCCCUGAAGGCAAUGGCAACAGCCCUUCAUCAAUUCAAACUCUGCCGACAGCUCAGCCACGAACAGAAAACUGAAAUUAAAUACAAGCUCCUCGAGUUAUAUGGCUCUCCAAAGAACUGGACAGCUGAAACGACAUUAGAUGUUGGACCAUUCAUAGCCCAGUUGUCAAAAGGAGAACUAAAUGUCCUUGCUGAAAAGUUUCCAGAUAUCGUUUUGCGAAUAGCAAAGACGGUUGGGCCACUUUCUUCAGCUGAAGAGCUUCUAUCAACUGUAUUUGAAUCUGUCUUCAAUGCCACUGCCAACAUGGAACCACAUCUCAGCUCACCAGAUUGCCUGGGAACCAGAGCCCCUUCUUCAGAUGAAAUUAUUAAGUUAGCAGAAGCAAAUGUCUAUUGGUCAGCUCAGGAGCUGAAAUGCAUGGAUGCAGGGACUUUUGACAAAAAUGUGGAACUUCUUGGGACCGUCUCUGGUUUUAACAACUCCCAACUUAUGGCCUUGAAGGAAAAAGCCAAGCAGGUUUGGGGGUCGCUGCUAGGCUGGAAGAGCUACCAUAUUGUUUCUCUGGGGCGUAUAGCACUGGCACUCACUGAAAAUGAAAUUGAAGAGCUAGAUUUACAUUCAAUUGACACCAUUUCUGUCCUCAGUCAACAAGCAGAAUGGACUCUUGCCCAGGCAAGAUCUAUUUUGCAAAGUUUUCUAGAAGAUUCUGGGCAAACAAUGAGUACACUAAAAAGCUUUGAUUUAGUUGGAUUGGGAGCUAUUCUCUGUGCUCUGAACUCCACCGAAAUCAUGUCCAUAAGGACUGCUGAAUUCAGUGCUGCUGUUGCAAGAAUUGGCCUCUUGCUGUGUAGCACCCCUGUUCUGAGGCAGUUCAAGAAGAUAACAGAGUCUGUGUUUGGAACUGCGACCAGCUGGAAUGGCUCUGUGUUACAGGAAAUUGGUACUAUAGCAGGUGGUUUGAAUGAGGAUGAAUUAAAAGCUUUUGAUAAAAACCUGAUGCCAUAUUUCCAGCCAAUAGCAGUAAGAAGUAUACCUGCUGAAAUUUUCCAAGCAUUGUCACCAAAACAAAUAGCAAACCUGGGCCCUGAAAACGCUGCUAUGGUUACAGAAUCACAGCGUGAGCAUCUGAGUGCAUCACAGCUCCAGAGCCUUCAGCUGGCACUGGAUGGAGCCAGGACCAACAGCCCCGAGGCACCCACCACGGCUUGCAUACCGCUGUCGAGGCGACCCCCAGCUCCAGGUGGUGCUCCCUGUCUGAGCAGCUUCAGCAUCUGGUUGUGUGCUUUGUUCACACUUGCACGUGCCUUUCUGAAUCCAUGAGUGUUAAGCUUAUGUGUUCUGGAGAUUGUGAAAAGGAGGUGCUGAAGAUCUGCAGCUUAGCACAAAGAGCAGAAUGAAGAGGCGCUCAGAUGCCUGAGUGCAACCUGGUUAAUUUCUUAAAAGCAACACCUUCAUCUGGCAUCAUGAUGUGAAGUAUCUCCUUUGCUUUACCAUUAACAAGUAAGAUGGAAUCCCUCCAAAUACUUCAGAACAAAUUUCAAAAUUGCAAAUGUCUUAUAUGUGUCAUGAGAAAGUUACUGGAAGAUAACCGUAUAUGUUAGAGAGGAGCCUGAAUGACACAGAGGAUGAGCAGCUGAUGUAUUUUAUCCCAGUCCUUUUUAUUCUGGUUUAUUUGGUCAUGCUAUUUCAAUCCAUCUGUUGCAUUUUGUUCCUAUAGUUUGUAGCCUCAGGACAGAGGCUCUUUCUGUGUGGCAAAUUAGAAGCCACGCUAAAAGCUACUGCUGUUGCAAUAAAAUAAUUUCAUUUCUGGGACAGUAGUUUAAAUCCUGCUCAGCUAAGAAGUAGUCCUGUGAUCUUAUUUAAGCAUUUUUAAUAAAUGUAUUCCCCACAGCUGCAUGUAUACAACACAGGAUUGUUACCACAGAGGGCAGUGCAAUACUGUUUGUAUUUGAUGGGACAAAAUGCACCAUGGAAAGCUUAUUAUUUUCAUCACAAGAUGACCCUCCAGUUUGGUCAGGGUUGAAGGAUACAGCUAGAAACUAUAGGAGAAAACUGUUCACUGGGACUAUGUACUACUAGGACUGUCAAUCCAGCACUUUCCACAAGGUUUGUAAUAAUUUAUCAUAACUAUGAAUCACAUAUAGUUGUAUGUCUAAUGCCUUUCAUGUCAGAUAGAAGUAUUUUAAACUAUGGAAAAACAGAUAAAUUAAAAAUUCGCUGCAUGUAAAUAUA